AACUGGAAAGAGGAGAUCUGUGUCGGAGAUUUGUUAAAAGGUUGAGAGAGAGAGAAGAUGAGUGGGAAAGAUGCGGCAAAGAGGGGCAAAAUAGCGGUGUGGUGGGACAUGAAGGACUGUCCGGUUCCAGAUGGUAUUGAUGCUCAUCGUGUUCGUCCGAGCAUAGAAGGUGGUUUCAGGGAACUAGGCUACUCUGGUCCUGUCUCCAUCAGAGCCUAUGGAGAUCACAAACAAACCUCUGAACACCAGCUACGAGCUCUCUCUUCCACUGGAGUCGCGGUGGUACAUAUCAGAUCUGAAAGCACGUGCGCAGUCAUGUAUAUGGAUAUGGUGAAAUGGCGAGAGGAUAAUCCUCCUCCGGCGACAAUGAUGAUCAUAACCAAUCAGAUGCUAGAUGUUUUCAAUUGGGAUCUGUCUCGGCUACAACAACGCACGUUUUACCACCUUUUUCUUGCUUCUUCAGUCAGACCUCGCGCAGCAUUGACCGUGGGCUGUCGCAAAGAGUGGCUUUGGGAAAAAUUACUACUUGGGACAACUGCGGCCGUGACAAGCAGCGCAGACACGGCGGAUGAUGCCGUGUUUCAUUGCAAAACGUGCUCUUUGGAUUGCCUAAGCCUUCAGAGUUUCAAGAAGCAUCUCUCCACUAAAAAUCAUGCACUAGAAGAGGUUUUACGCCCUCAGCCUAAACAACUCAUUUCUGUAACGAGCAAGUGGGGAAAAAACUAUGCUGCGACGCCUGAAUAUGCGGCAGCUAAAAUCCAUGUGUGGUGGGACAUGUUUUGCUGUCCUAUUCCUGACGGUUAUGACGCUCGUAGGGUCCGUCCCAGUUUGGAAGGAGCGUUCAAGGAACUAGGCUACUCUGGUCAUGUCUCCAUCACUGCCUAUGGUGACCAUAAACAAACCCCCGAAUGCCACCUUCAAGCCCUCUCUUCCACUGGAAUCGAUGUUGCACAUGUCAUUCCUGAAGUCAUAUACUCGCGCAUGUCUCGUGAUUGGAAGACAUGGCAAGAUGACAAUCCUGCUCCGGCUACAAUGAUGUUCAUAUCUGAUGACGCUGAAUAUUUCUUUGGAGAUACUCUUGUCUGGGGACAACAAAACAAUAAGUACAACCUGUUUCGGGCUUAUUCUUAUAGGCCUCUGAAAAUGUCAGUCCUGCUCACUUCUGCCGAGUGGCUCUGGGAUAGCUUACUUGCAGUUUCGGAGACAAAAAAACAUGUUCUUCGGAAGUGCAGUGGAAGUAGUAUUGAAAGGGUUGGUAAAUCUACCGGAAUGUUUUAUUGCAAAGUGUGCUUCACUAAGCGCAAACUCCUGGAUAAAUUCAUGAAACAUCUCUGGACUUUCAAUCAUAUCUCUGAAGUAAGCAUCCUCUCUCUCUCUUUUUUUUUGUUAUCAAUACAUUUGUCUAACCAUUUUAGGGAAAAGCAGGAGGUUGAUAUUUCUGAACUCGGUCAACGUAACAAGAACCAGAGACUGCUAUACCUCGAGGCAAGUGUUUUUCUUAAUGAUAAGUUUCUAACAGAUUUUACAACAGAGACACCAACACUUUUUUUUUUUUCAUUUUGUAGGAAGCUCAUUUCCCAGAGAGCAAGCGGUUGAAGAAAGCUGCCCAGAAGAGUUUGUGACUGAAGAAGUGAUCAGAGUCUAAUCCUAUGAACCUAUCUUUAUUUUUCUUGUUCUGGUCUUAUGUUUCUGCUUGAAGUACUUUAGUUACUUUUCGGACUUACUUUUUUCUAGCUUGUUUAUUUCACCAAACAAUAUAAGUUUAAUCGUGUUUCUAGCUGUUUAGUACUGUAUGUGUAUUUGCAAUGGGUCUAACGGUUAUUAUUUGAGUUUUUCUUUACGAUGCUACAGUGAAUUUGUGUAUUAAACCUUCUUUCUUUAUACGUCACCAUCUC